GUUCUAUAUCAGGGCUCUCCAACCUUCUUCCUGGAGAGCUACCAUGCAGUACGUUUUUGCUCCAACCCUAAUCUACCGCACCUGAUUCUAAUAAUGACCUGGUUGAUCAGAUGAAUCAGGUUAUUUACAACUGGGGUUGGAGUGAAAACCUACAGAAGGGUAACUUUCCAGGGACAGGGUUGGAGACUCCCUGUGUAGUGUGUCUGUCUGAAAGAUGGAUCGAUACAUAUUGAUCAUUGCGAGUGUUCUGCGGGUCGUGCGGUGCUACAGCUCCGGAGAGGUGACUGAGGCGUGUGAGGAUAUGGCACCGCAACACUUCGUAACCGCACAGCAGAGCCCUGCGCCAUUCUCUGUCACCGCUGACCGGUCCAGCUUCAAGGAGGGCGAUGAAAUCACAGUCUGGCUCCUGGCAGAUUCCACUCCAUUCAUUGGGUUUAUGUUACAAGCCAGAGCAGUUAAUGGAAGCAGUCCUCUGGGAGUCUUCACUGUAACAGGUGGAGAGGCCCAGCUCCUCACCUGCAACGGACAACCUACGUCUGCAGUUUCUCACACAUCAGCAUCAGCUAAAUUAUCCAUCCAGGGAACAUGGAGGGCCCCCACAUCAUAUGGCUUUAACUCUAUCCAAUUCAGUGCAUCCUUUGUAAUAGAUUUCUCCACCUUCUGGGUUGGCGUGACAAGUUAUCCAGUCACGUUCAGUGGCACUGCUGCAACACCAGCUAACAGCACAUCCAUACCCAUCACCUCGACCACCUCCGCCUCAUCUACAGCAGUAUUUCCAUCGCAAUCCUCAUUGUCCAUCUCGAGUGCUGGAUGUGGCAGCAGUAAGGUCUGUUUCAGGCAACCUCUGAACUGUGACCCUGGGGUCAGCCCAGACUGUUACUUCCUAUCUGCUAUGACCUCUAUCAGGGAUACAGCCAUCCAUUUGGAAAUGACCGGCCCUUCAGAUGGCUACAUCGCCAUCGGCUUCUCAGAUGACCAGAUGAUGGGAGAUGAUGACAUCUUUAUUUGUGGCCGGGACAGUAACGGGAUCAUCCAGUUGCAACAUGCCUAUUCAACAGGAAGAAGGCGGCCGGACAUAGUUCCUCUGGGAAAUGUUUCUGAUGUUAAAUCCUCAAUGAAGGAUGAUAUCAUUAGCUGUUCCUUCACGACUAGGAACCCCAUCUCAAUUCCGCGAUCGGUACGGUCCAGUUCCCCCUACUACCUCAUGUUUGCUCACGGACCAACCAGUAAUGGGGAAAUUGGGCAUCAUACAAGCACCUUCCUCAGUGACACUAAGAUGGAUAUUUCAAGACCUCAGGGCAUCACCAAUGCAACCCAGCCUCUUAUUAUCAAAGCACAUGGUGCCCUGAUGUUGAUAGCAUGGAUGACCACAGGUAGUCUAGGAAUGAUCACAGCCAGGUAUCUCAAAGAUGUGGCCAAUGGGGAGGAAUGUUGGCACGAUGUUUGGUUCCUGGUACACGUGUUUCUUAUGACACUAACUGUUGCUGCCACCAUCAUUGCCAUCAUUUUGUCCUUCUCACAAGUUGGAGGCUGGAGUGGGGGAGCCCAUCCUGUGUUGGGCUGGGUCGUGAUGAUUCUGGCCUUCUUCCAGCUGAUCGUUGCCAUGUUCCGAUGUGGACCUCACCAUCGCUGGCGAUUCCUCUUUAAUUGGUCGCAUGCUUUAAAUGCAGUGGCGAUAAAAGUUGUAGCUGUGGUGGCCAUAUUCACUGGGUUGUCGUUGAUUGACAGCUCUGAGGAUAAGUGGCUUCUGAAGGUGAUGGGUGGUUUUGUUGGAUGGGAGGCAACACUGUACAUCCUGCUAGAUGUUCACAUGCGCUGCAAGUGCAGUGAUAACGAAGAGGGUGCUUCUGAAUCGGCAUGCAAGGCUUUGUUACUACUGGUCCUGUUUUUCCUAGGAAAUAUGGCAUUUUUGGUAGCACUACUUGUUGGAAUUGCCAUGUCAUGAAGAGCUGCUGAGCAAUGGGCAGAUUUCUAUAAUAUAGCUCACUUUGACUGUAUAUUUGAGAAUUUUAUAACAUUAUGCUCUGAAUCAUACCGAAAAUGGUUGUGAUACCUUGUUUACACUGGAUGAUAAAACUAUUUUAAAUUGACUUCAACUAUAAUGUUUAAAUUACAUUACAUGUAUAUCAUUAUUAAUACUGUCAGUGAUUUAUAAUAAAGUAAUUGUUCAAAAUGUGUAAUAAACAAUUGUGCAAACUA